AGUUACCACCGCACAGAAUCGCCAUUCCCGUCUCCAUUUUCUUUUCCUUUCUCCCAAACACCCUCCCCUAGGAAAAACAAACCACAGAAGAGGAGGAUCCAAAUUUUAUUCGGUUUCUCGAUGGCUUCAAAGCGGAUCUUGAAGGAACUCAAGGAUCUGCAGAAGGAUCCUCCCACAUCUUGCAGCGCUGGCCCGGUUGCUGAAGACAUGUUUCACUGGCAAGCCACGAUUAUGGGCCCCCCAGACAGUCCUUAUGCUGGGGGUGUUUUUCUAGUAACUAUCCAUUUCCCUCCAGAUUAUCCAUUUAAGCCACCUAAGGUGGCAUUCAGGACAAAGGUGUUCCACCCAAAUAUUAACAGCAAUGGGAGCAUUUGUCUCGAUAUAUUGAAGGAGCAGUGGAGCCCUGCCCUAACUAUUUCCAAGGUGUUGCUUUCAAUCUGUUCUCUGUUGACGGAUCCGAACCCUGAUGAUCCGCUGGUGCCAGAGAUUGCUCACAUGUACAAGACGGACCGAAGCAAGUAUGAGACAACUGCAAGGAGCUGGACCCAGAAGUAUGCCAUGGGUUAGGAAUGCUGUUUUAUGUGUGGGGGCAGACCCUUUUCCCUUCUAAUACUUCUGUUUUUCAGUUCUAUGUAUGAAUGAAGUUUGAUAUCCCUCUCGUCAAUCCUAAAAUGGACAAAAAAGAAAGGUCCAGAACAUGCCCUCAGUUGAAAAGAAGAAAAAACAAAAUCUCAGCCUUUAUAUUGUUUGUAUGGGUAAUUUUAAUCUUUUGUGAACUACGAAAUAUGACCCAAAUCUGGCUUCUUUUUUCCCCUUGGAAUCCUUGUGCAGAGAGUAUACAAUCACACCGGGGGAUUUUCUGAUGUUUCUUUUCUAUUCUAACCGAAGCAUUUGCCAGGUUUUCUAUGAGAAAGACAAGUUUUCUAGUA